CGGCGACACUGUAAUUGGUCGGUGCUCUGGAUAUGUCGGUCGCUUACGUCAAGUUUACGGACAAGAUUUUGAUUUUCCUUUAACUCUUGAAGAAUAAACAGCUACCAUCAGCACUAUCAGAUUCUCUUUGGGAGUGAAAAUCAUCCACAGUUCUUGACAUCCAUUGCGGGUUCAUUCACAUUGGGUUUUCUUCAUGUUUUGUCAAGAACAUCAGACUGAAUGAGCACAAAACGCCGCCAGCGAACACCAAACAGCAAGAAGACACCCACUAACACUGACCUCAAUGACACUUCCGCUUCUUCACCUACUGUUGCUAAAUCACCACAAGGACCCGACUCAGCCAAAAAGGUUAAACUUGCUGCUAUUUAUGCUGCCCUGAACUCAGACCCGGUCGAUGUCGCUGGUCUACGCAAACUGGCCAUCUCUCGGGGUGGCCUACUUACAGAUGAGAUCAGAAGGAAAGCUUGGCCCAAAUUACUCAAUGUCAAUGUCUUUGAUCCACCCCCAAAGCUUAAAAUGCCAAUUGAGGAACAUAGAGACUACAAUCAGGUAGUAUUAGAUGUCAACCGAUCCCUCAAGAGGUUUCCUCCAGGGAUGCGGGAUGAGCAGCGUGAGGUAUUACAGGACCAGUUAGUAGAUGUUAUAGUUAGAGUACUUAUCAACAAUGAUCAACUACACUAUUACCAGGGGUAUCAUGACAUAGUGGUAACAUUCCUCCUGGUCGUAGGCAAAGAUAUGUGUUUUUCUCUCAUAGACAAGUUAUCAACGCAUCAUCUUAGGGAUUUCAUGGAUCGUACCAUGGAUCGCACCAAGCACAUGCUAAACUACCUCUUGCCAAUUUUAAGCAAAGCAAAUCCCAAAUUACAUGACUUCAUGGAAAGAUCUGAAGUAGGAACAGUGUUUGCUCUAGCCUGGUUAAUAACAUGGUAUGGUCAUGUGCUGAAUGACUUCCGCAGUAUUCUCAGACUCUAUGACUUCUUCCUAGCCUGUCAUCCUCUCAUGCCAGUCUAUCUUGCUGCUGCAAUUGUGCUAGAGCGUGAAGCGGAUGUGUUAGCAGUUGAAUGUGACAUGGCGUUUGUCCAUAGUCUCCUCUCUAAGAUCCCAGAUGACCUACCAAUGGAGGAGCUUGUCAUCAAGGCCGGUGAUCUUUUUGUGCAAUAUCCCCCUCAUGUCAUGGCCAAAGAAGCACAGAUACAGUACAAUAAGAGCUCAAGCAUCACUAAACACAAAGAACUGAAUAGAAGCCUGACGGGUCAGCGUCCCGACACCAUCCUUCGCCGUCUCCAAGGCCAGGCCGGUGGUCGAACCCAGGGAGAAUCGAGACAGAGUAACCGUGUGGUCAAGGUAGCAGUUUGGGCUAUCUCCGCCGGUAUCGGAGCAGCAGCCCUGGCCGUCUUGAACAGUGCAAUGGAGUUUUGGGUAUGAUGGAGUACACCAGGUUUUAUAGACAAGAUUAAUUUCUGACUCUGUACAUCAAGGAUGGUUGCUUGAGGCAUCAACGUUGGAAGUCAUCAGAGCUUUUGGAAGCUAAUGGGUGGUAUUCUCAGAUCAGUGGUUUUGUUUAACCUUUGUUGAAUAAAACCUUACAACUUUAUGGAGUAUCGGUUACCAUCUUAUCCAUCAAGUACACAUCAUACCCCGUUCUCAUCUACUUUCUUGAACUGGUUUCACUUAAAUCGCUUCGCAAAACCAGUUUAGAGAUCACUUGGCACGCGUUCUCAUCACCAUACUCCUUUUCUGGUUUCAAAAACCACUUCAUGUACUAUAGUGUGCUUGUUGCUAUGAGAAAGAUCACAAUAAGGCCACAUGUUGUGUGAAAAUUCAAAACCGUAGCGUAGGAAAAAUCAUCAGUGUUCUAUGCACCGGGUAUACUUAGCAGCGCGCCCAACAUGCAUGCCAUCAUACUUUCGGUCAAGGGUGGCUGGCCGGUUUAACAAGGCAAAGUGGUCUUGAAAACCAUAUAAAAUGAAAUAUAGCAUUCCAUAAAAGUGGAGACACUAAUUCUUAUGUAAUUGAUGGAUAUAAACCUUGGUUUUGUUGUCAGAAUAUCAGCCAACAGUGGGAUCUGGCAACGGACUGGUGCAAUUAACUAAAUGCAAUCAGUUCUCUUGCCUGGUACAAUUCUUUCUUGUGAGGCACCUUACCAAAAUACAUAUAAUCAGUUAAUGAGUACAUUAACAUACUGAAUGUGUUAUAGUCUCCACAUAUAUAUUUCUGCAUUCUAUCUGUAAGCUUUUUGUCUCGCCUGCAUAGCAGAGUGAGACUAUACAUGUAUAGGCGCUGCUUCUCCGACGGCGGCAGCAUCGUCAACAUGAAAUCUUAACCAAGGUUAAGUUUUUUCGAAAUGCUUUCAUAACUUAGAAAGUAAAUGGACCUAGUUAUUAAAACUUGGGCAUAAGAGUACUGGUAAUCAACUAUUACUGAACAUCCUGCCUGUGUUUCAAGUCACAUGACCAAGGUCAAAGGCCAUUUAGGGUCAAUGAACUUGGACCAUAUUGGGGGAAUCAACAUUGAAAUCUUAGCCGAGGAUAAUUUUUUGAAAUGUCAUCAUAACUUUAAAAGUUUAUGGAUCUAGUUCAUGAAACUUUGACAUAAGAGCAAUCAAGUAUCACUGAACAUUCUGUGCGAGUUUUAGGUCACAUGACCAAGGUGAAAGGUCAUUUAGUGUCAACGAACUUAGGCUUUAUUGGGGGUAUUUGUUGAAUUGCCAUAAUAACUUUGAAAGUUUAUGAAUCUAGUUUAUGAAACUUAAGACGUAAGAGCAAUCAAGUUUCAUUGAAUAUCUUGCAUGAGUUUUGGGUUGCAUAACCAAGGUCAUAAAGGGUCAAUAAACACAGUAAUUAAUUAUCAUAUGAAUGGUGUUUUUGUGAAUAAUUAUUUUAAAGUCAGCACUGCUGUUAUAUUGAAUAACGUAAUGCAGGCGAGACUGCCAGAGGCGUUCCACUUGUUUUAAAUGGUAAUGUAGGUGUACAUUUCUAUGAACCUGAGUAAAUGUGCUGGUUGGUUUCAAACCAAAUACAUACUGGAACUAUCAGGGGCUUGAACAGGGGGACAUUUCAUAAACAAAUAUUCAGUGAUUUUUACUGACUUUUGUUUUAAGCUAGCAAAUUCGUAAGUCCUAACAUCUGGGUUAGAGCAUAGUUGUCAGUGUAAGUCACUGACUAUUUUGUUUUACAUAAAAUGUAUGGCUACCAUUAUUUAGCCAUUACAAUUACUAAUAUAGAAACCUUGAUUUUGAUUGGUUGCUGUGACCUGUUGCUAUGGUAUUUGAAAGCAAAGUUACCAUAAUCAUACUUUCUUGGGUUUACCAAUGUACUGGAUAAUCCGAACUUUGAUAAAUAUUGCCUUGUGUGAAGAAAAUGUUUAUAGCACACUGAAAUUGAAUCGAAAGCAGCUUGACUAUUGAACAGAGUACUUAAACACUGCCAAAAACACAAGUAUAUCUGAAAAAUAUCCUGAUGCUUUGCCACAAUAUUAAGCAUUCAAUACUAUUGUCUGUAAUGUAAUAUUUUACAUUUAAUUCCUGUGUAGUGAUUGGUCCAAUUAGCAUCAUGUGACCAAAGAUAUUCUAGUGAUGAUAUUGAGAACAAAAUGCCCAUGAAGAAAUUUUGCUAUGCCGUGAAGCAUCAAUGGAGGAUUAAUGGACUAUUCCAUCAUUGACAUCAUCAUGGUCACGCCAAAUAGCAAGGUGUCUAUACAGAAAGCCCUCUUGAUCCCCAAACCAGCAUCUUUAGUCAUUAAAUAAUUACAUGUACUUUCCCCCAGAAAAUGAGAAAACGGUCCUCACCACAAUGUAACUAAUAGUAGCUGAAUUGCUGUGCAUAUUUCAUUCUGUGCAGUGUAGCUACAGACAUCAUUUUUGUUAACUUGGUACCGUGGUUCCGUCUUACAGAGAGUUGUAAUUGACUUGAUCAAUCUCAUUUUUCAUCCAGGAAAUUUUAUAACGUUCUUUUGUAAACAAAGAGGAAGCACACUGGCUUGUCAAAACAAUGAUGCAUGUACAGUGUUGCUGGUUUUCCGUAGUUGUGGAUGAUCGGAUCAUUUGCAACUCUUUAUAAGACUGGGCCGGAAUGAACUGAUGGGCACCUGAUGUGCAUAUGCAAAGUUUGUCCACAUACCAGUGAACUCUGAUACUGUUUGCUAAUUCAUUAGGGGGGGGGGUGGAUUCGGGUGACCACGGUUUGAUUCCCUUUGUUAAGGCAUUUAUCCUCAUUACCAGGCCUCUUGGAGAUGACAUUUGGUCCUCUGGUGUCUUGCUUAAAAAAAAAAAAAGUCACAACUACAUGUACCACUCUAUAUUUAGAUAGAGGCCUUGCAAUGUUAGACUAUUAAUAUUCACCUUAAUCACUUUUUAUUCAGGUCACAUGACAAUUUAAAAAAAAGUAUCAAGAAGUGACUAUUUGAAAACAACAGUAAAUAUGAUAUUUGUAUUAUAUCUUUAUAUGUGUAAGUCCAUAGUUAUAGGUUAUAGGAAGAAGAUUUCUUUUUCUAUCUGAUAUGUAUUUUUUAGUUUAGUUGUUUUCUUAACUGAUUUUCAGAAAUUUAAUCACAUCUUUUAUAGUUAGAACAAAACUUUUUUUAAUACAAAAAUUUAUCUGAAAUAUGAUUUCUUUAUUAUGUUAAUGAUAUAUCAAAACAAUGUCAAUCGUUUAUAUUGGUAAUAUUCUAAUAGGUAUCAAUGGUAUGCGCCAUGGAUAAAUUACUAACUCAAAAAUUAUAAUUUGCUUUUAUAUGGCGCUCAAUACAUUGGAACAUUGUCUCUAAGCACUUUCAGCUUACCCCAAUCAUGGGAUCCUGGCAUGCACAAUGUAUGCAAGUAACGGGUAUUCUUCAUUCAAAUUCAGGCAAAUCAUACUUUGGCCUUGAAAUGUAUGUUUGCAUUGAAAUGUAUGUUUGCAUUGAAAUGCAAAUUAUGUGUAAUUGUAUCAACUUCACUUAAUCUGAUUGAAAUUAAAAAUGUUGACUUGCCAUGUUCCAAAUGUGAAAUAGCCCCCCCCCCCCUGCUAUAUUAAUUCAUAAGUCAGCAACCUACAAAGUUGAAAGCGAAUGUCAAGAUGCUUUGAUUUCAAAGAUUGAUAAGAUUAUUGUUGUGCUUCAUGAAAAAUGUAGUUAUGAAAUUAAAUGUUGUGAAACUAUGCGAGACAUUCCAUAAUAUACAUGUUGGUAAUCAUAUGUAAAUGUAUUGUUUAGUUAGAAUAUAGAUAAACAGAUAUGGUAUCACUGUAAAGUGUGCUUUAGAUAAUACUACAAUUUUUUUUUUUAUAUUUGUAUGUUGAUAAUACUACACGUUGCUGGUCAGAGGCUCAUACUUCAUUUCCUGUAAUAAAUGAGAGCAUUGUAUGAUGUUUCACAUGAAUGUCAUAUACUGUAAACAUAAUAUUUUUUUGUACUUUUUUCCUGAGCUUA